GAAGAAACUGAGCCUCGCUGGGGUGGAGUCCCCCGUCCCACGUCACCGCGGCAGCAAGAGGCAGCACCGAGGUCUGGGGCCAGGGCUGGCUGCGGGCAGAACCCAGGCCCUACCUGGCGAUCCUGCUCCGCAUCUGGUUAGAGGAGAGAGGAGGCACGACAGGAAGCAGAUCGACUUGAUAACAAGCCCGAAGACGCAGGGAUUGUGACUAGACUGUGCAGACCAGGAAACCGAGGUGGCUCAGGUCUGGGAAGGCAUCGGACCCGGGUCACACAGCCAAAGCACCUGGGGCCUGCCCUCCUCCCCCCCGCUCCAGGCCAUGACGAUUCUGCCAUUGAUCAUGCUGGCUCUGGCGACAGGGCAUGUAGGGGGAGAGACCAGGAUCAUCAAGGGGUACGAGUGUUAUCCUCAUUCCCAGCCCUGGCAGGUGGUUCUGUUCCAGAAGACACGUCUGCUCUGUGGGGCAACCCUCGUCGCCCCCAAAUGGCUCCUGACAGCGGCUCACUGCCUCAAGCCCCAAUACAUAGUCCACCUGGGGAUGCACCACCUUCAGCGACAUGAUGGCUGGGAGCAGACCCGAAGGGCCACCGAGUCCUUCCCCCACCCGGACUUCAACAACAGCGUCCCCAACAAGGACCACCGCAAUGACAUCAUGCUGGUGAAGUUGGCGUCGCCCGCCAUCAUCACCUGGGCCGUGCGCCCCCUUACCCUGUCGUCACGCUGCGUCACCCCGGGCACCCGCUGCCUCAUCUCCGGCUGGGGCACCACGUCCAGCCCCCAGUUGCGCCUGCCCCAGACCUUGCGAUGUGCCAACAUCACCAUCAUUGAUCACAAGGAGUGUGAGAACGCCUACCCGGGCAACAUCACAACCACCAUGGUGUGCGCCAGUGUGCGGGAGGAAGGCAAGGACUCCUGCCAGGGUGACUCCGGAGGCCCGCUGGUCUGCAAUGGGUCCCUGCAAGGCAUCAUCUCUUGGGGGCAGGACCCCUGUGCCGUCAGCAGAAAGCCUGGCGUCUACACAAAGGUCUGCAAGUACGUGGACUGGAUUCACGAGACGAUGAAGAACAACUAGCCAGCACCAGCUCGCCAGCCUCACCCGCGCCCCGUCCACGCGUGGUGACGUGGCGCCUGUUCCUUCUGCUCCUGACGAAGCCGAAGCCCGGCCAGGGCCCCUUCACGCGUCCCCGGGGGCUUCCUGGGCUAGAUAGACGCCGACGCACAAUAAGCAACUUGUCGGAAUGAAUGAGACCGGAAUUCAUUAACCUGGGAGUCUGGGGGGUGGUUGUUUGGUAGCUGUUUGGUUCGCUGUUGUAUCCCAGGCCCAAAGACAGUUCCUGGCAUGAGAUUUCAAUAAAUGUUUAGUACAUGGA